GGGAGUUGUAGUCCGAGGUUCCGGUCCCUCCGAGGGCUGUAGCUGCCUUCUGAGCUCCCAGGAAGGAUGGAUCCCGGGACGGACUCGGCGCCGCUUGCUGGCUUGGUUUGGUCGUCGGCCUCGGCGCCGCCGCCGCCGGGUUUCAGCGCGAUCACCUGCACCGUGGAGGGCGGGACGGCCAGCUUCGGCCGAGGCUUCGCGCAGAAAGCCGGCUACUUCCUGUGCCUGAGCACGCUGGGCAUCCCGGAGAACCCUCAGGACAAUGUGGUAGUGGACAUGCAGAUCGUGAUGGACAAGGGCCCACUGCCGUCAGGCUUCUCUGCAGUCAACGACCCUCAGGAUAUCAGCUCUUGCACUGCGAGUCCACCUGGAACUGGCUUCCCCUGUUCUCUGCAUAGCUCAGCCUCCCCUCUCCCUUCUCCCCUGCCUGACCCAGCUGCCCGCCUCCCCGAUGGUGCUUGGUUCUCUCGGUGUCUUUAGUGACCGCUGGCAGGCUGCCGUGCAGAGGGUCAGAGGCCUCUGUGUCCAAGAAGAAACGCAUGUGUGUGAAGCUGAUGCCCCUGGGGACAGCUGACGUGGUUGUGAGUGACGUGAAGCUGAGUGGGAAGACUAAGACCGUGCCUGGAUACCUGCGUGUGGGGGACAUUGGUGGCUUUGCCAUCUGGUGCAAGAAAUCCAAAGCCCCAAGGCCGGUGCCCAAGCCCCGCACGCUCAGCCAGGACAUGCGAGGCCUCUCCCUGGACCCACCCAAAGAGCCCAGCAAAGGAAGCCACCCAGAGCGGACCCUGUCCAGGCUGGGCUCUCGGGCCUCCACUCUACGGAGGACCGACUCCAUCUAUGAGGCAUCCAGUCUCUAUGGCAUAUCAGCCAUGGACGGAGUCCCCUUUACCCUGCACCCAAGAUUUGAGGGCAAGAGCUGUGGGCCCUUGAACUUGUCUGCUUUUGGGGACCUGACGAUCAAAUCACUGGCAGACAUUGAGAAGGAGUAUAACUAUGGCUUCGUGGUGGAGAAGACUGCAGCUGCACGCCUGCCUCCCAGCGUCUCAUAGACCAGCCCCAGGUGCCACCUGGUCGCCUCCUGCCUUGCAGAUACUGCUGAUUGACACCCAGCCUCUCUGUCCAACUGCUUGCACAAAGGGUCUCUUGCCUGGUGGUGCAGGGGCGGCCUGGGCAGAGCAGUGGCCUUCUCUCACAGAAGUCUGUGUCUAGAGGCCACAUAUGCACCAGCAGUAAACGCUACCUGGGACCCAC